ACGCCGAAGUAGCAGCAGUAACAACUCUAUGCUGUGUUUUCCACGACGCAUCAUCGUUCAGAUACCAUCGCCAACGUGCUUGUAACAACUGGUCCAGCCAAGACUUGGAGAUUUGGACUCCCCCAAAUUCCAACACCAACAUGGCGGGCAGAUACUGGCGCCGUAGUAUUUCUUUGCUGGCAUUCGGCAUCUUUUGCCUCCUGAGUAGUACUACCACGGCCCAUCAAAACGGAAAAUGCAGCUCUAAUGGAGGCAAGUGCGUCCCCAGAGACGAAUUGGAAACUGGUUGUAAGCGUUCGCUGUUCCGCUGUCCGCCAGGGUCUGUCUGCUGCCUGACAACAAGACCCCAGUCGAGGCAGGUUAGUCCACCCAAGCAAGUCGGCCCGAAGCGGAAGUGCGUCAAACGUAAGCCCUGCACCCUCCAGAUGGGCAUCUGCGUACCAGUGAAAAAAAACACCUGUACUACGGGAACUGACGACACCCUGUGUAAAGGGGCAAGCUGCACCUGUUGCCUAGACGUAUUGGAUUGCAAGCAAGUGAAAAAGUGCACGAAAAAGGGAGGCCAUUGCAUGAAAGUGACCGAAGCCUCCUCCACUUGUGCGGGGAAUACUGAUGCUCGUCUGUGCAAAGGAUCGAAAUGCACUUGCUGCUUGUCGGGGUCUUGUCAGUGCGGCCGAGCCAACGAACCUCGAAUCGUAGGAGGGCAGGUGGUGACACCCAAACACAAGUAUCCUUGGCUGGCCAGCAUUUAUAGCAGAAAUGGCGACACCUUCUUCUGCGGAGCCAGCGUCAUCGAUGACCGCCACAUCCUCACAGCGGCCCACUGUAUGUUCAGAAAGUUCGUCUAUCCUCUCUCGCGCGACGAAGUCCGAGUAGGGUUAGCGGACCAUAACUUAAUCUCGACGGCGGACGACAUCCCCGGUGUAACGAAGAAGGUUGAAAUCGAAGACUAUGUAGUUCACGAGCAAUACAACAGUACCACUAGCGAGAAUGAUAUUGCCGUUAUCAGACUGAAGGAGCCUUUAAGCUUAACAGCCGACGGACCUAUCAGACCCAUCUGCCUUCCGGCAGACGACAGCAUGACUUACGAGGGAGACAACGGCAUCGUCGCAGGAUGGGGCAAGUUGCAGUCUACCGAUUCAGCUGGAACCAACGUGUCAUACGAGGUCUCUGUCCCAAUCCUUAGUCCUGAUUGCCCAGGGGAAUUCCCGAGCGAUUACGUCAUCACACAGAACAACAUCUGCGCCGGUCUGGUAGAGGGAGGGAAAGACUCCUGCCAGGGGGACUCAGGAGGUCCCCUCGUUGUGUUGGAGGGCCAGACUUACACUCACGUAGGAGUCGUGUCCUUCGGCGACGGAUGUGCCAAACCGAACAGUCCGGGAAUCUACACAAGGACCAGCAAGUACCUGGAUUGGAUCAAGAGUAAAACACAGGGCGGCAAAGUGUGUCCGCCGGCCGUUUAAAGACGCUCACUGAUAUUAUCUCGUCUCUGGAAACCUGGCUUCCUCUGACUUGCUUGUGCUUGAGCUCGUAGUUACUAUAAUUUUGUGAAGUUCCUUAGUUCUAUCAUUAAGAUAUUAUAAUUAUUCAAAAGAAAGGGAUUACUAUGAGAUUCAGAGCCUUUGUCCCGUUGUUUUUCCGGAAUAACUUUUUUGUGUGCAUUUGACAAAGAUAUUCCUUAGCCAUAGUAUACUUUACAUCCCUACUUAAUUUUUGGCAGCAUUCUUCAUUAAUUAUAUUAGAAAAAAAGUAUAUUCAUAAGAGUUAAAUAAAGCAACCGAAGCCAGUGGUGGAACACUCUAAUGUAUGGUUUCUAAGCUAUACGUGACAUAAACAUAUAUCUCUGAAAUUCUGAUUGAAUAUUCGUACCUUGUCAAGGCUUCAAGAAUGGCGGCUAUGAUAAGUCAUUGUCCCCGUGGUUGCAGGACAGCUUUUGUGAUUCGACCUGCACAAUUGUUUACAAGUGAGGAGGCCCGGGGCAAACCCUACGUAAGCUUGAACGGGUAAAUGAAUAAUAGGGCCCUUUUUUUGGGUAAGGAGUACAUCCGGACAUCCAAGGCUACCAAGUUCUCGUCAUUUGUUGACUUUCAAAAGGUGCAGAAAAUUAUCAAAGGAGUUACGACGAAUGCCGAAGUUUUCUUCACUUUUUUAAUUGAUUUUUAACUGUAUAAUUUUUCAAUGGAGAAAUGGUGAUAGAAAUAAUUUCUCGGAUUACUUGUGGAAACCCUUUUCUUCUUCAAGGAUUUUAGCACUCGACCUCAUGACACAAAUCAUAUAUACUACUACUAAUACUAUUACUACUACGACUACUACUACUACUACUACUACUACUACUACUACUACCACUACCACAAAGUGUAAACAAGGAGUAUUGGUUGUACUUCAUUGUUGCCAGAGGUUGAGACUUUUUCACGAAUAGCCAAUUAUCCAUCGAGAAGGAGGCAAGUUAAUAACUGUCCUAAGUUACGUCAUUAUAUCUUCGAAAGACAUUCCUCUGAGUUGGCUGACGAUGUCUACAAGAAGUCGGUGUUACUCUUAUAAUUUACCAGAAUUGUGCAACUUUCGUCAUACAGAAUACAGUAAAAAAAAUUAGGUAGGAAUGUAAGAUACCCUGUGACAAAGUGUCAUCUUUGUCAGGUACGUUGGUAAAAUCUUAUUCCGGAAAAAACACCGGGACAUCGCCUGUGAAUCUCAUAGUAGUCGUUAGCGGUUUCUAAAAGUUUAAUUUUGAAUUUAACAUUGAAUAGGACAGAGCUAAAUACAAUAAGUUUUUUUCCUAUUAAAUUAAAAAAAAACUUUUUUUUUAAAUUUGGCCUAAAGAGUUAGUAUAUCAUUAAAAUACAUAAUAGUUACACGAUUUAACAGUCAAUAAUAGCUGAAAGCAAAAUAACAAAAUAAAUAUAUAUGAACAUACGUAUUUAUUUACAUUCUGUCUGACCCAUUACUGUUCAAUGUAAACUUGCCGACAUUUUUGAAUUUCAUGUCCUUUUCUUCCAUGUGUUUCGUGUGAUUCCAAUUGGAGGAUAUAUUGCACUAUAGUAAUAAAGGUUGCACUGCAUAUAAAA